UACGUAUCCCGGAUAUCUUAAUGGAUUAUUUGCGAUUAUCGCGUUUUCAGUGUCGUCGACUUAUCGGCUGUCGACGUCUGUCGUCUCGGAGGCAAGAACGUAGAGAGCGCAAACACCAACUUUGGUUGAAUAGACAUAAUCCAGAAUUGGAGAAAGCGGCGAGAAGAGAAGAAUUGUUUGUGCCUCUGGAAACCGUUCGUGAGGAUUGGUUGGGUCAUACGGGACCUUACCACAUCAGAGAUGCCGUGCGUCACUAUGGCGUGUAUGAGCACGUGUUUGGCGGAACAGAGUUUAUACCCGAAGUGGAUGUCCAUAUAGAGUACGACAACGGUCACGUAGUCAAGAGGGGCAAUCACAUUGGUCCAUCUCAAUGCCUAAGACCACCCAAUGUUAAAUUCAAUUUUGGUGGUGACGCACUGUGGACUGUAAUUCUAACAAAUCCUGAUGGAGACUUCCAAAGUGUAGACAACGAGGUUCUACAUUGGCUUCUCUGUAAUGUGUCAUCAGAUGGUGGAGUCAACACGGCUCACACACACUGUCCCUACAUCCCUCCAUUCCCUCCAAAAGGCACUGGGUAUCACAGACUCGUCUUCAGCAUAUUCCAUCAAAGCAGUCGUCUUACUUUGCCAAGUAAAUCUUAUGAUAGAUUUGAGGAUAGAAUAUUUUCAACUAACGAGUUUUGGUCCAAACACUCAUCAGUUAUCAGACCAGUAGGAAUUCACUUCUUUCAAACAAGCUGGGACUCUUCUGUUACGAGUACCUUCCAGGACAUCCUUGGUUUAAAAGAGCCUGCAUACGACAUUGAGAAGAAAGUUACAAAACGAAAACAAAGGCAAAAAGUACAGACAAAGAAAUUCAAUCAAAAACAUAGCUUAGUUGUGUGAACAAAUAAUACUGCACAUUUGUGUUGUUCAGUGGACUUGUAAAUUAGAUAGGUGAUAGAGCCAAGGUGUCACACACUGCUCAAGCAUUUGGUUAAAUAAUCACACGCGCGCGUGCACACACCA